CGUGAAGGAACUGGGACUGGGCAGGCCGUCGGUGCGGAGCCCUCUGGGCAGCAACGAGGGUCCUCGCCUCCCGCAGACGAUGCAGUCACGGCGGCCCCGGUGGGUGACGCGUCUGUGCAGAGUGGGCCCAUGGAUGACGGCCAGGCGCAGCAGACCCCUCCGUCGCACGCGCCAGAGAACGUUGGCGGCGUGCCGUCUGCUUCUGCCGCGCCCACCAGCGAGACGCCAAACGCUGCCGCCAAGGAAAAUGGCGCAGACCCCCAAACUGCGGCGGGCUCGGACGGCGGCCACGAGACACCCAGCAACGCCGCCACGGCACCCAGCAACGCCGUCACGGCACCCAGCAACGCCGCCACGGCACCCAGCAACGCCGCCACGGCACCCAGCAACGCCGCCACGGCACCCACGUCUCAGGCGCCCGGGCAGCCAGGCACCCCGCCGACACGCGACGCUGCGCUGCACUUAAGCAACGGCUCCGCUGCUUCCGAGAACAUCACGGGACUGUUCCAGCUGAGCACAGGCAGCGACGGCGCUCUGCGUGGGUGUGUGCCACGGAUUUUGCUGCUUGCCCUGCUGGGGCUGUGGGGCACGGCGGCUCUCUGA